CUCAGGAUCUAGCGCCUCCCCUGAAUCUGUGGGGCCAUGCCGUGUGCCGUUCCGGGUUGUGUAAACAAAAGAAGUGGAGCCGCGAAGCGAAAGUGUCUCUUGCACAGGAUACCGAAGAACGAGCCAGCAAGAAGCACAUGGCUCAAACUAAUUGACCGGCACGAUAUUGCUCCUGGCGUUGGAUCAAGAAUAUGUCACCUCCAUUUCACUCCGGACGACUAUGUGAGGAACACAAGGAUUGCGCGCUCGUUAGGGGUGAAGUUCGACGCUAUUUUGAAACGCGACGUUAGUCCGUCGCAGAAUCUACCAGGCACAAGUCAACCCAGCAAACGGCACAAGGCAGAAGACAGUCGAGAAGCUGCUUCUAUUAGCGGCGAUCCGAAACGAACGUCUGCGCCUUUGCCUUGUGAACUCGGCACUGGAAACAGUGAUUCUGAUGAUAUACGCGUCACUGAGCCAUAUAGCGAAGAAGGUUUGGCACCAGUUCCCACUACAGUCGCAGGGGAUGAUGCACCCACUGUUCCAGCAGUGCACAGCAUGGAGCUGUCCACAUUGCAAAAGCACCGUGCACAAGCUUUGCCAGAGCAUGACCUGAUGUGCCAAGAUGUCUCAGCUGCAAAUGUAGAGGCAUCAUCACAGGCAUAUCACGAAACCGUCGAUGAACCUGUGACCGUCGUGUGUCCGAUGAUAGUCGAUGCAGCGACUCAAACAAUGUCAACAAAGUACAAAAGAAAGGCUACACAGGUGGACUUCUGUGUGAAAUCACUGAGGGAGACCGGUGUGCAGGUGAACCUCAUAGAUGACUCACAUCCUUCACAGUCACCAGUCCGGUGCCCAACACCAACACUGCUGCAGUGUGAUACCACUCAAGAUGCCACAAAUACCACUGUACAUGAUGUAACCCUGAGGCCGAGUUCUUAUUUGAAGUCCACAGGUCUUCUGUGUUCGUACUUCCUUUCUGUACCAGCGAGCAUAUCUGCUGCCAGCCAUAAAUAAGCCACAAGUGUGGAAAAGACAUCAGGCAGAACAGCUGGCACAAGGGAAGAAUACAAUGGAAAGAGUCGCACCUCGCUGGAGAUGGCCGCUGCAACUCCCCCGGUCAUAGCUCAAAGUUCCUCACCUACAGCUUCCACGACGAACACCUGAAUAAAAUUGUGCAAGUCAAACGAAGUAGCCUCAAGUUCUCACAGUACUGCUGGAAGCAGUACAAAGGGGCCUGGAGGAGCUGGCAGACUACAACGUGCACAUAAAAUCCUUCACCACUGACUGCCACCCCACAGUGUGCAAACCAAACCUUUGUCACCAGUUCGAUGUUUGGCACAUUGCUAAAGGUAUCCGGAAAAAGCUGAAGUUGGCCAGCAAGGAGAAGCACUGCGAUAUCCAGGAGUUGUAGGUGAAGCUUGUGGUGAAUCACCUUUACCACAGUGUUACCCACAGCGAAGGCGACUCUGAGCGACUUUUGUCCAUGUGGCAGGGCUUCAACAACCACGUGUCCAACAUUCAUGAGGGUCACGAAGGACCCUACUCGCGAUGCCUCCACCCUCCACUGAAUGACAAAAAGCGGCCUUGGCUUCUCCCAGGUUCUCGUCCCAAGGAAAAGGAGAUAGCUGUGACCACAGCAAAGCACUUGUUGAAAGAUACUCAGCAUCUUUCACCUGACAUGCAAACGUCUGGACUAGAAGCUUUCCAUAGUCUACUGAUCAGGUUUGCACCAAAGUCGGUAGGCUGCAGUGCAAAGGCUAUGCAGAGCAGGACAUUAUUAGCCAUUCUGCAUCUUAAUGAAAAUUUUGAACGACAACACUCUAUGACCGAGGAGGGGGAACACCGGUAUAGCAUCAAGGCAUCACAGACAUACAAGGGAGAGCAUGUUGCACUGCCAAUCAAGGGGGAGCCCACAUUCAACUACUUAUAUCAGCUGGUAGACAGGGUGCAAUGAGUGGCCCACUUUUGAUGCCGCAUUUGGAGCCAACCCUGAUGACGAUCUCUACCUUUGACUGCAAGCAACCCAGCAGCAGAAAAAGAUGACCCUUGUUGCUCAGAGACUCCACCGACUGGAACCAUGUCACUGUAUGCAGUGCAAAUCUUAGGGCAUGGAAGAUAAGCUCAUUGUACUCAGAGUGUUCAAGAACCUAUUUGUAUCAAACCCCAGAAGGGAAUAUACGGGUGAUUCCAUCGCAACUCAGGCAAGGUGGUCCGGGCACCAUCAGUAUUUUUUAUUGAAAAAAUUAUGUUGUAGCCUGGCUCAGAUUGAGAAGGGAACGGCAAGUAUUUUUUCUCCAGUUUCCGUAGUUCCCGAGAAAAAAAAUCUGCAAGAAUAUGGCAGGUCUGGCGCACUUUCAGGCAUAGUGAUUUUGGCGUUCAAUAUCUUUUCAAUGAACGUGUUCACGGCUUUGAAUUUUUUUCCACGCACUGUCAGCUAUGUUGGCUUCUAGUGCAUUGAAUCACUUCCGGCGGCGGUUUUGUUAUUUUGCAGCUAAAAAUAUGCAAAGUUGGCAACGGCGAUGAAAAUCGCUCAUAUUCUUGAGGUUAUUGCGGCACUUGUGUACAUGCUGGUGUAACGAGAAAGGGAUCGUAAUGUAGCGGAGACUGAGCUCUAUAGCUUGGUAUCAAAUUUAGGUGUCUAAGCCAGGUUGCUGUCACUCACGGAGGUAUCAACAACACGUGAUGUUUGAAAAGUUGCGGUUUUUGAGCGCCCACAUCUAAAGAGCCCCACCUCGAAUAUUAUUAUUAUUUGUAGGCACAUAUAAUAUUUGAGUGCACAGUAAAUCAAAUGUUUGUUCCUUGCACAAUAAAAGUUAAAGCGC